CACAAUUCAAAAGUUUGAAUGAAAAAUGCCGCCAAAAAAGGCGAAAAAGGGGGCGUCGAGCAAGCCGGAUGAGGAUGUGGGCAUCCAUCCACCGCCGCCGAACGUGUUCCUGUACAUCCAGCUGGCCAACAUCGCCAAUCUGCCCACAACGGAGCACCGUCUCGAGAUUCACAUCAGCCAAGGCGACAGCCUGAUCGUCAAAUGCAACGAGCACUACAACACGGAUGGGAUCAUAAUCCAGUCCGAAUUCUACGAGAAGCCCACAUUCACGCUGAUCUUCCAGCAGGACAAUGUGGAUAGGAUCAAUCAUGCGGCCGACAAUCCUCUCCUGAUUCAACUCUACAUGCGGGUGUUUCCCCCAAAGCGGAACUUUUUAUUGGACACGGAGGACGAGAUGCUGGAGGAGGAGGGGGAGCAUGAUGAUGUGGUAGACUCCGAUUUCGUCUUAUCUACGGUGCAAACAACGGAGCAGGAUGACGAUUUCGAGGCCAGGGAGACGAUAAAGUUGGUACUGCUCUGUGUGGGCUAUCUGGAUGUGAUCAAGUUGUUUGGCCACCGACGCAGUAUGAUCUCCGAACAGCUCUUCCUCUAUCCCAUGCCGGAUGUGCCCAACGAACUCCGCUGCACCGUCCACACCGAUUGGCACCUCUACACCCUGCUGCCCAUCGCCAAGAAGCUGACCUUCACCAACAUGGCCUUCGUGACCUUCGAGAGCAUCUACAACCUGAAGGAGGAGUACAUUCUGGACAUGGAUUCCCUGCGGUUGCGCCUGAGUUUCCGAUCCCGGCUGCCCAGCGACCGCAAUGACUAUACCUUCAUCCCGCUCUGCGAAUUCGGGAACCUGGAGCGGAAGCUCAUCAGCUCGCAGGACAAUCAUCAUGUCUUCGAGUCCUUUCGGCAAAGCGUGUACCCUUGGAACGUGACCGGCCUGAAGUCCGCCAUGGAGGUGGAAAUGCAUCAAAUCUUCUCGGAACUUUUUUACUCGGAGGGCCUGACGGUGGACUUUGAGGAAAUCGAACAGAGUGCGGACGAGGCGCUCGUCUGCAACUCCUUCCAUCGCUUUAUCCUCACACAGCAGAUGGCAGACAUCCUGUCGUUCGCCAUCACCUGUCAGCAAUAUGUCCUGGCAGUGGAGGUGUUCCAAGCCGCAGGUGGUGCCAAGCCACAGAAAGUCUUCCAGGGCGUUCUCGAUCCGUCUAUUAUGGCCUUUCCGGGGGUGCAAAACAUGAGGUUCGCUGUCCAGCUGGACUACCUGGGCAAGCUUAAAGCCAAGAGGCAGGUGAGCAUAUUGAGCGGGAAGAGCUUGGACCACCAAAAAGUCCAGCCCACUUUUGCCAUCAUCAAGUUGUGCCUGCUGGCGCCGAUUGGGGAGAUCUACAAGGAGCUGAAGGUGUUCCGCGACAGCUUUGUCCGGCAAAAUCGACUGCUCUUCUGCGAUCCCUCCUACGUUCCCCACAGAGCGCUAUCCCUUUCGGAGAUCCAAAUGGAGUCCUAUGCCCGCUUCGACAAGUUCAUCCGGGAUUGCGUAGCCUUUAUUAUCGACAAGAAGGUGAUGAAUAUUGAGGACAAAAAGCAGCACUUUUGCUGUGCCGUUCAAAACCUGACCAACAUCCUGAUGAAGUUGGUGGGCAGUGUCUACAAUACGAGGACUCCCACGAGUACGAGCGUGGAGUUUGCGAAUCUCUGCGCUAUUGCCUACAAUGAUUUGGAACCGCGUGUCCAUUCGAUUGUGGAGGAGAUUGAGAACGAGGGCUUCGAGAACUAUACGGUCAAUAAGCAGAUCCAGAUAGACCGAAUCAUCGACUACUUGAACACCAUCAAGCUGCUCCAGUUAGUGAAAGAUGAUAGCCUGGGUAAUCUUUUGCUUGAGAAGGCUACCACCGAGUAUCCCAGUGACGAACGCUUUUGGUUCUACAUGCUUAUCGCGAACAUGGAGCGUGGCGAUCUCGACAAGGCUAAAAUGUACUUCACAAAGAAUCACCUGGCGGACACCCACGACUAUUUUGCGGGCUGGAUCAAAUUGUACAUCAACUAUGUGGACACACGGAAUAAUCCGGAAACAUCGGCCGACUGCACGGAGUGUCUUUUGAAGAGCAUCACCAACUACGCUGAGAAGAAUACUCGGCAGCAGGAUGCCUGGAUCCUGCUAUAUUGUUAUUACAAGCGAUUUAAGUACGAACCAGGCUGUGCCUUUGCCCGCUGGCGAUUCGAGGAUCAGCACACGACCAGUCGGGUCAGCUCCUCCAAUGCUCCGCACAGCCUUUGGGGUCUUUGCCUGUCCAUGGAGAUAACACUUCCUCCUGGUCGAGGAACCCUCUUCUACGAGGUCUUCAAGAUCUUUGUGCGCCUGGGCCUCUACGAAUUUGCUCAGGUCGUUUUUGCUGCCGUGGAGCAUCUGGUUAAGGAUGCGGAUCGGUAUAUGAUCAACACACAGUUGGCUAUAAUGCUUAACCAAAUCGAUGAGGACUUUGUGCCACAGAGUUUUGAAUUUGGAGAAGGCGAAGAAGCUGAUCAACAAACUGCCAUGAAUGCCCAGAUCAAUGGAAAUGUGGAGUUCCUUCGUGGAAACCUGCAGGAGGCAGCUCUCUACUACGAGUGCUGCCUGACCUUGCCGCCCCCAGAGAAGUACGAGCGCGAUUUAUUCGAGGUCAGCCGACUGCGCCUGGGAUACAUAUCCUACGAACUGGGCGACUACCACAAGUGCAUCGAAGCCCUCAACUUCACGUUCGGUGGAGGGACGCUGACCCUCGUCGCAGACUACAUGAUAGGAAAAGCGUACUACAAAUUGGACCACUUGGAGAUGGCGCUUCAGUGCUUUGCCAAAUCCACCCGGAUUGACACCCAUGUGCCCAACGUUUGGGGCUUUCUGGCGCUUAUCAACCUGCGACUAGGCGAAAAUUACAAGGCCAUCGAGUGCUGGAAGUACGCCAAGAUAGAGCCAAACCGAUCGAUUGAUGACCUUAUGAUCUACGAGGAAUUGGAUGCCAUCGACUACGAUUCCGUUGAAUUGUACAUCGAUAUACCUAGUCGGUUGAGCGAGGACAUCUUCGAGGAAUCGCUGUCAGGCGGGUAAUUUCUAUAUAUUUUGUGUGUGUUUUGCGCUGUGAACUCGAACCCAUAAAGUGCAGCAUUCUGGCUGCUCUG